AUGGGCGACGAGGACCUAUCAAAGCUAUGGGAAGGUCUAACUCUGACAGAGGAUGAACAAGCAUUUGUCAAAGUCUCGGACAAGGAUCUCAUGGAAGCGGCUCAAAGGGGAUCCUUCUGUCUGUUGGCAAAGGUCAUCACUGAAAGAAUCUUCAAUAAGGAGGCUUUUCGAUCAACCAUGCUUCAGGUAUGGAAGUUGGAAGGAGCAGUAACUUUCACUGAGUUAGGGGAGAGCAGUUUUAUAAUGGAAUUUGAGAUGACGACAGACAAGGACAAGAUUUUAAGAGGAAGGCCAUGGACCUUUGAUCGAAGCCUCAUAGGAAUCCAAGAUAUUGAUAGCAGUCUUCCCCCUAGUGCAGUCAGUUUCUCUCUAGAACCUUUCUGGGUGCAAAUCCACAACAUCCCUUUUGCAUGCAUGACAGAGAGCUAUGGCCACCAGAUUGCCUCGGCUAUAGGAAAAGUUCUAAAGGUGGAAGUGAACAGAGAUGGUCAAGGCUGGGGAAAAUGUCUGCGUGUCUUUGUUGAGGUAGAUAUUACCAAACCUCUGGCUCGUGGGAGAUGGGUGGUAGCAGGAGAAAGGAAAGUCUGGUCUGCCUUCAAGUACGAGAGACUCCAAAGUUUUUGUUUCAGAUGUGGAGUCAUCAUGCAUCAAGGUAGGGGAUGUUACAACCAAAGACCUCAAGAAGAUCAACCUGCCCAGUAUGGCCCCUGGUUGCGUGCUACACCAAACAAGACCCCUUUCAUUUCUACCAAGUCCUAUGGAGUUAAGCCAGCCCCAAAAAAAAUCAGAUGA